UCAAAUCAAUCAAAGCACAAGCAGUAAAGAAGAGAGAGAGAGAGAGGUCGGUGGAGGAGGAGGGAUUGAAUACAAAAGAUACCACCCGAGUGAGUUGUGACGAGAACGUGAACUAAACCAAUUUUGGGAAUUUUAAAUAAAAACAAGGAAGAAGACUUCUUCUUUCUUCUUCAUCAUCUAGUUUGGGGCUGUGAGAUGUCGCAGAGAUGGAGCAGGAAGAAGAGCCGGCUUCCACUAGCUGGUCUACUCUUCAUGCUCGCACUCGCCGUCACCUUUAUGGUUCUCUACAACGAGCGUAGCAUCCAGCAGAUCCACCUCCACCACAACACUAAUCGCGAGCAAGAUCUCCCACAAACUUCCACCUUUACUUCUUUCGUCCACCCCAAUCUUCCUCCUCGGAAUAAUCUCGAGGUUUUGGAUAGAUACAGCCGAUGCAACUCGACGAAUGAGUACAGUGGCAAGAAAAUCGGAUGGCUUGACCAGAUGAGUGGUCAACGAUCUGACUUUGUUGCUGCUGCUGCAAAGGAGGAGAUAUGUGAUGUCUUCUCUGGGAAAUGGGUCUUUGAUAAUUCUUCUUCCUCCUACCCACUACACAAGGAAUCUGACUGCCCCUACAUGUCUGACCAGCUUGCUUGCCAGAAGCAUGGCAGGCCUGAUUUGGAGUAUCAACACUGGAGAUGGCAACCUCAUCCCCCCUGCAACUUCAAAAGGUGGAAUGUGACCGAGAUGUGGGAGAUGCUGAGGGGAAAGAGAUUGAUGUUUGUUGGAGACUCCUUAAACAGAGGCCAAUGGAUUUCUAUGGUCUGUCUCUUACAGUCUGUUAUCCCGCGUGACAAGCAAUCCAUGUCUCCUAACGCUCACCUCACCAUCUUCAGGGCUGAGGAUUACAAUGCCACGGUGGAAUUUCUGUGGGCUCCAUUGCUCGUCGAAUCCAACUCUGAUGACCCGGUCAAUCACAGGCUGGAUGAACGGAUCAUCCGACCAGAUUCAGUUCUCAAACAUGCUUCAAAGUGGCAACAUGCUGAUAUCUUAAUCUUCAACACAUACUUGUGGUGGAGGCAAGGUCCUGUCAAGAUCCAAUGGAGCAGCGAAGAAAAAGGAUCAUGCGAGGAGGUGAAUGGCGCGGAGGGAAUGGAAAUGGCUAUGAAUGCGUGGGCUCAUUGGAUUUCCAACAAUGUCGAUCCAAACACUAAGCGGGUCUUCUUCGUUACAAUGUCUCCUACACAUCAAUGGAGCCGAGAGUGGAACCCGGGAAGCGAGGGAAACUGCUACGGGGAGAAGAAGCCGAUAGAGGACGAGACUUACUGGGGUAGUGGGUCGGAUAUUCCGACAAUGAGGAUGGUGGAGAGAGUGUUGAGGGGAUUGGGACCAAAGGUCUCAGUUAUCAACAUCACACAGUUGUCUGAGUAUCGUAAAGAUGGUCAUCCCUCUGUAUACCGGAAAUUCUGGGAACCUCUAAACGAUGACAGGUUGAAAAAUCCUGCGUCCUAUUCAGAUUGCAUUCAUUGGUGUGUACCUGGUGUUCCUGAUGUCUGGAAUCAAUUGCUUUUCCAAUUUUUGUGAUCGUUACGAAUUCCUCCCUUGCGAGCUAGUUUAUUUUUAUCUAAAUGAUAUGUUUUCGUUUUCUACAACA